AAAAAAAUAAAAAAUAAAAAAAAAACCAACCGAGCGUCGCCCCUCUUCGUGGUUUUUUUUUUUUUUUUAUUAGCCAAGAUAGUGUGCCAUCGUUGUUCUCUCCCCACUACUUACUAGCGUAUACCUCUAGCACCCCUCUAGCACCCCUCUAGCACCCCUCUAUUCGAUCAGAGGCAAAUUUAACGCGUCAAGAAAUAGUUCGUGUUCGAUCAAGGAAGGACGCGGAUCGUGUCGUGCAAGAUUUCGGUGUUCUCACCCUUUUCGUUGGAUUAUUAAUUAAACAGUGGGAUUAUUUGACGUGUACGUACAAGUGUUAAAAGAAACAUCUUGAAGAAACAACAGGAAGAGCAAGCUCGUAUUAGUUUGACCUAGAUGCUGUUGAACCAACGGCGGCACGCCUAACUUAUUUUCAUCCCAACAGUACCAAAUAAAUAGUCAAAAUUGAUCAAGUGGUUCUUUCAUCCGGCGGUGAUAUCGCCAAAUUUUGGAGGAUGUUGAUGUCUGGUGCCGCCGGUCUUGGUGGUGUAGGCGCUGUGGGAGCACCAGGCCCGGACGAGCUCGUUUCCGGGCUGGGUGCUCUUGCGGGUGCCACACCUCAGCAGAAAGAUACCACCUGGACUAAGUUAUUCGUUGGCGGUCUACCGUAUCAUACGACCGAUAAAAGUCUUAGGGAACAUUUCAGUGUUUAUGGGGAUAUCGAAGAGGCCGUUGUCAUCACCGACAGGCAGACUGGAAAAAGCAGAGGCUAUGGUUUCGUCAUCAUGGGAGACAGAGCGGCAGCUGAGAGAGCCUGCAAGGACCCCAAUCCUAUCAUCGAUGGUCGUAAGGCCAACGUUAACUUAGCAAUUCUCGGAGCUAAACCGAGGAAUAACUUGCAAACUACAUUCCCAUUUGCUACUGGUAUUAGAGCUGGAUAUCCUGCGGUUCUUCCUGGCCAAUAUGGAGUACCACCGGGCUACGUUUACCAAUCUCCUUAUCUGGCCGCAGCGGCGCCAGGCGGCUUGGUACCACUUCCGGCGACGCAGUUGAGCCACGCAGCCGCAGUUGCAGCUACGCAAUUUUACGAUUAUCAAAAUGUGGCGGCAGCGGCUGCCACCUAUCCCGGUACUUCCUACAAUUUCGCAGAGGCCUAUCCAUAUACCAGUGCUGCUGCCGCAGUAAAUGCAGCGGCAGGUUAUGUGACGCCGUACACAUAUGCAACCUUACCAGGUGCAGCAGGUUUACCUGCUGCYGCUGCUGCUGCAGCAACUGCGGGGGCUGCUUUCCCAGGAUUACCAUACCAAACGACGCCUCAGGAAGCAAGAUUACAAUGAGAUAUGGAUCUCGAAGUAUUGUCAAAAACGAGAGUCGUUCAUAAUAAUAAGCUAGAAAUAUCGCUAGCGCCGAUUUCGACGAUAGGUUCCUUCCUAUCGUUUCUGUUUUAUAAUCAAACUAAUAAGGGACAAAAACAACAACAACAACAACUUCACGAUUAGUAAUUAUAGAGAGAGAGAGAGAGAGAGAGAGAGA